UCACACACACACACACACACACCUGCUUAGGACCCUCACAACAUUUCUGGCCGUGGGCCAAAAAUCUGGAUUCGUCCUUUUUAGAGGCUUUGACAAAAUUUGUGAUGGGUGGACCGAUAAAGGAGACAUGUGGCCAUGUGGCCUAGUCCUCCAACCCUACAUCCAUGGGUCUAUUGGCAAGUGUGUGUGUGUGUGUGUGUGUGUGUGUGUGGUUGAGAUUGAACGAGUUUCUUGCGCAAGAGUUAACUUGCUCUUUGUGGUUUCAAAGAUGUUCUGAACGGGAAGUUGGGGUUUAGAGGCAAAGCUGAACUCACUUCCUGUUGGGCUCUGGGUGAGAACAGAAGCGUAGCAAUUCUCGUGCCCCCACACUUCACUUUGGGCCCUGGGCCUCAGCAGUUUCCCCCUGCACCUAGAUCACACGUUUCGUUGCAGCAGCGCUGGCCAAGGGGUGCCUCUCCGCACAGAACCUGGAAAAAAUAUUGGAGCGCAUCGGCCUCUGGAUAGCCUAGAGCCAUUUUGUCACACAGAGCUGAUGGCACGGGGAGCAGCCAUGGGUUUAAGGAAGCAGAAGGUCUCCACGGCGUCGGAGGGCCUUUGAACAGCUUCUGCAGAGAGAGGACAGGGGGCCCAAUGAGCCCCCAGUGGCCUUGGGGGCAGAAGGAGACGAGAGCCACUGAAGGCUGAGCGCUCACACGCCUCGACACACAUGUCGCUCGCCAUGAAAGCCCGGCAGAAGGUGAAGCGGAAGGGACAGGCCAAGGAUCGGGUCUUUGGGUGUGACCUAAUAGAGCAUCUGCAGUUAUCUGGCCGGGAUGUUCCUCAGGUUCUGAAGAGCUGCACGGAGUUUGUGGAGCAGCACGGAAUCGUGGACGGGAUCUACCGGCUGUCAGGAGUCUCCUCAAACAUCCAGAAGCUGAGGUUGGAAUUUGACAACGACCGGGGCUCCCCUGACCUCAACAAAGACUUGUACCUCCAGGACAUCCACUGCGUGAGCUCACUCUGCAAAGCCUACUUCAGGGAGCUGCCCAACCCGCUCCUCACCUAUCAGCUCUAUGAUAAGUUUGCUGAUGCUGUGGCCAUCCAAAUGGAGGAGGGUCGGCUGGAAAAGAUCAAGGAUGUGCUGAAGGAACUCCCAGCGCCCCACUACAGGACCUUGGAGUUCCUGAUGAAGCAUCUAGUUCACAUGGCCUCUUUCAGCUCUGAGACCAACAUGCACGUACGGAACCUGGCAAUCGUCUGGGCUCCCAACCUGCUCAGGUCCAAGGACAUUGAGUCGUGUGGCUUCAACGGCACAGCAGCCUUCAUGGAGGUCCGCGUCCAGUCCAUUGUGGUGGAGUUUAUCCUCACCCACGUGGAUCAGAUUUUCAAUAAUGUCCCUCUCUGUGCCGGUAGCCGUGAAUCUCUCAGGAAGUCCCUUCUCCUUGCGAGCUCACCGGUGACCAUUGGCGACGACAAAUACUCCUUUUCCUGCAAUAUCCCAGCUGCGCUGAACCAGGGGGAUGGCCCACCGCAGAUGCGACCCUACCACACCAUCAUUGAGCUCACCGACAACAAAAGAAAAGGAUCCCUUAAGGCAAAGAAAUGGAAGUCCAUUUUCAACCUCGGCCGAUCCAGCCAUGAUGCCAAACGCAAGUUGAACAAGUCCGAGGACAAAGAUGACAAAAUGGGAAAGAUGCGUCUGCGGCCGGCCAAAAGCAUGGAUUCCCUCAGCUCCAUGCCAUGUGCCAGCGAUGAUGACAUUCAACUGGGGAGGAAAAUCUCCCAGAAGCAGCUCACUCUGUGCCGUGAGAGUUUUGAUGGCCCGGCUUCUCUCGAUAACAGUUUCCUGCUGUCGGAGUCCGACGAGUAUACGGAGAGGCCCAAGGCCGAAGAAGCACAAGGCGAGUCGGAGGGCGAAGCCACUGCCAAGUCGGAGCCCACCACCCCGAAAGCCAGCAGGUCCAGCCUCGUUGGGGUGGCCCCUCAAGGGCGAUCCCCCAAAACUGGGCGGAACCGCGCAGAGAAGUGCGCCGGCGUCCACAUCUCUGGGCCUUUCUCUGUCACGGUCCCGUUCCACAUCACUUCCAACCUCAGUUUGUCCUGGCUAACCCGGGGGCUCGAGUGCCCUGCCCUGAGCCACUGUGCCCUGGAGAAGGACCCUUCUGAGACCUCUGAGGCCAAAGAGGACGAGCCUUCUAAGCAGAAAGAAACUGAGAAGCUGGUACCUGACCUCACAAACAAGGAAGACGCUGGAGAUGCAAAGGCAGGAGGCCUGUCUGAUUCGGAAGAGAACCAGAUGUCUUUGGAGGUCCAGGACUCCUUCUCUUUCCUGGACAGCCAAGAUGCCUGGCUGGGUGAAAGCAUGGAUGGAGACCAGCCCCGGAAGAGCACCAGCAUAGCGCCUGAUUUUUCAGGCAGUGGUGUGGACAGUUCCCCACUCACGGAGGACGACAUGAGCAGUGGGUUCAUGAAUGAGAUGAUAGGAGGCGGGAUGCAGCUGGAGAUGUUUUCAGCUGUUUCACCACUAGAUUACUUGUCCAUUGAGGAGUGUAUGAAUGAGCACUCAGAAGAGGAAGAUGACCAAUAUUAUCUGGCUGUGGGAUGUUCAGAUGGCGAUGAGGUUUCUAAGGAGGUUGACAGUGAAGAGGUCUACUUGAGUGCUUUUGAUGACCUCAGCCCCUUAGCUGGCAAAUUGCAGCAUUUCCAGCAGCCAGAUGAAGACCAGGCUCUUGAUGACACCUGUCUUCCGAGGAGCACGUUGGACGAUCAGCCCUUCAGUCUGGCCGGACAGCCCUCACCUGAAGACCCAGACAGCUCCCAUCUCUUUGAAGUUGGCAGGGAGCCUCUCCUGGAUGGCCCUCCAGUUCACGACUUCAGGUUAGACAAUUCCCAGCUGGAUCCAGCUUCCGCCAAUCCAUCUGAAGAAGAGUUGCAGGCCUUCCUGGAUUCUGGUAGUGAUUUCAAUCAGUUGGAAACACUCAUGAAGGCUGAAGCUGAGACCACCCAGGUAGAUCCUGACUUGGCAGCGUUGCAGAUGGAAGGUGUAAACGCCAGAGGUGAAGAUGACCUGCUUCUAGGAACAGGGUGCUUGAUGCAUGCCAAAUGCCCCGAUGGAAUUCCAGAAAACCCUGUGCAAAGAUCUUCAUUUCAAGAGCAUCAGAACCAUGCAGCCCAACCAAGCCUUGAAAAUGAGCAGGAAUGGCACAAUGCAUUAGGCAUUGAGCAGGUUGCAGGAUCUCCUUGCAUCCCCAGCAUAGAGGCUGAUGGAUCUACCUUGGAGGUAGAUGGAUUGUAUGACUGGCACCCAGACUAUGAGUUCCCAUUUCAAGAGGCAGAGCAGCCACAGAGGGGAGAGACUGCUCUUCAUCCUCAGGCAGCAGAAGUUCUUUCACCCCUGGAUGGCUCCACUUUGCACAGCGCUCCACUUUCCUCUUUGCUGGACAAUUGCUCUGAAAAUGCUUCUUCUGAGACAUCUCCAAUGCUUGCGCCGAGUCUUGAGCCAGAUGCUCCACCUGAGAGAGCCCCUCCUGGUGGCUCCUCGCCUGACAAUUCCAAUGGGUCUGAAGCCUCGUCACUCAGGGCCCCUUCUCUGCAGGGCUGCCCAGAAAGUCCUCCACAGACACCACCACAUUCAAUGCCAGCGAAAGCCUCCGAUGCCCUCAAGCAUGACCUCUCUGAUGGAAGCGUCUCCAUGAGGUUGACCUCGCAUGCCAUCAGAGUGCAGCAGGCGAAAUCUUUCCCGGUCGUGCCUCCGAAACCCCAGUUUGCCAAGAUCCCUCCGGCCUUAAUGCCAAUAUCUCCAACCAAGGAAGCCUCCCUCACGUGGUGCAGCCCACCUGUCCCAGAAAAGAACUGUAGAAACGGGAUAAAAGAGGGGCCCAGCGAAGGCUCUCUGCGCAGGCCCCUUCGUCCAGCCAGCCUGGACGUACAUUGCAGCACCCCAGAUAGCACUGAAAAUGUAAAAACUCCCCUGGCUUCUUCCAAGCUGCCCACCUCUCCAGGUCUUGGCGAUUCAGGGGCCCUCCGGAAGCAGCGGAAUUCCAUGCCUGUGAGUUUAGAGAAAUAUGACAGAGAUUACGAGAGCAGAGGAGCAGACGCGGUCCCAAAGCUACCCCACUCCCCACUGGACAAAUGCAGCCUUUGGCCCAAGAGCAGUGAUGAGCUCCCUAAUACAAAGUGCUCUCUGCUAGAAAGUUUGGAUAAACACAGCAGCAGCACUACCAUCGCCAGGGGUGAAGAAGGGAAGGGUGAGCCCUCCCAAAAGCAACUUCCAGCGCCUCUAUUGCUUGGUGAGGCUGGUGGGGCUGUCGCCCAGAAGCAGAGAUGGGCCAGCUGGCGCAACGGGAACAGCAUGUCGUUCGACGAGGCCGUCGCUCUUGCCAAGGAGAGACACGUGGUCCAGGCCCCGAUGAGGAGGAUGCAGACCUACUGUUUUGGCGAUGUGGAGGGGCUGUAUGGCCCUCCCAGAACAGAGAAGCCACCCCCAAACCCCAAGCCCGCCCUGAAGCCUCUGGGGCAGCGGCCCCUGAGACCCCUGUCCUGCGCAGGCACAGCUGCAGAUGCCUUUGUCGCGGGGAAGCCGCUUCUUGCUCCAGCGUUGCCUGACAUCAUCCCAGAAGGCCAACUCUCUCCAAGCCUGGAAGCUCUGUCCCUUCCUCAGGAUCUUCCGCCAAGGAGAAAACUGAGCUUGACAAAGGCAGGGCGACGUGCGUCCAACUCGGAAGAGGUGCUUUUAGCAGCACAGCAGGAGCGGAGGUGAUUCGCUUUGGCAGCUGGUUCCCAAAUCUGGCCUUCAACUGUGCUGCCUGGUGCUGCUGGGACCUUGGACUUCUGCACUGAUGUGGCACCUCCCCACCCAAUCAGGACACAAAGGACUGAAGAAGAGUCUUGCUGGAACAAACCAACCUUAGCUAAGAAUCAUCUGCUUCAAGCAGAGAUCAGCCAGAAGUCCACAAGCAGGGCCUGAGAAAGCAAGAGCGGCAGGAGCCGCACCCACGGGUGAUACAACCAAGGGCAUGUCACGUGGCUGCUGCAAAUUGGGGUAGCUGCUCAGAUUUGAGUCCUGUGCGGUAGGUAGGGUGGUAGAUAGCGAUGUAGGAUAAAUGCUAUUGUGAGUGAGUAGGCUUAAAUCGAUGCAACGGAAAUAACUAAGAGAAAGAAAAAAAAUAUUGUAAGUUUACCAUUCUGAAAUAUGCGUAUCUUCUGUGCAGGCAGGCAUCCCCUUAACUAUUAACACAUAUUGGAUGGUUGCAUAUAAAGCUCCCCUUUAAUCAGCUUCUCGCAAAGAAUUCUGGGAAGCGUAGUUUGUUACGGGUGCUGAAAGUUGUUAGGAGGCCUCUAUUCCCCUCACAGCAGUACAAUUCCCAGAGUACCCUAUGAGGAGGGAAUGCCAGUAAAAGCACUGUAAGAACUCUAGCCUUGGGUGGGAAUAGGGGAUUCUCCUAACAGCACCCUUUACGACUACAGCCAUGUUCUGUUGAAAACUGUAUCAUGGUGCUUUAAAUGUAUGGUGUGAAUGAGGCCGAAGUAGAACUGUUAUAUAGCCUACAUCCCACUCGGCUUUUACCCUGAAGGCCUGAACGUACUUAUAGAUGCAAGAGACAAAUUUCUGUUUAGCUCUCUCUUUAAACAUGGAAGGAUACUGAGCGAGAUCACUGCCUUGAAGGUUGAGGCUGUCAUAAUAUUUUGCAUACUUAUUUGGAAGGAAGUCCCGCUCAGCAAUGCGAGACUUACUUCUAAGUAUAAACAUGCAUAGGAUUUUGCACGUAGA